AUGGCGGUCGAUGCGGGAGAGUUCCGUCGUGCAUUAGAGAGUGUUUGCAACAUCUUUAAAAUUCCUUCCCUUUACAGCGAGCAAGAAAAAUGCUUAGAAGCACUUUUUAAAGGAAAAGACGUAUAUGCAAGUCUUCCAACUGGUUACGGAAAGUCCUUGAUCUUCUAUGCAGCUCCGAUCGUCGCUGAUGAGCUGUUCUCGUGACCACGUGGAAGCAGCAAAAUAAUUGUUAUUUCACCUCUAAGAAUGCUAAUGGAAGACCAGGUAGCAUAUUUGCGGUCUUUAGGAUUAUCAGCAAUUGCUCUUCACGAUGAGCAAUCGGAAGAACGACUGAAGGAAGUGGAAAAAGGAGCGUUCACUUACUUGUUUGCAUCACCGGAGAAAAUGUUGAGCGUGGAACGAUGGCGCAAGCUUCUUUUAACUGAACACUAUCGGAAGUUUCUGGUGGCGAUAACUGUCGAUGAAGCCCAUUGUAUAAGCCAGUGGGGUCUUCCUGGAUCUUCCUCAAAGCGCACAGCUGUCCCUUUCCAAAUUUGGUAUGGAAACCUGGGGGAACUCAAGUCACUAACUGUAAGUAAUGUUCCUUCUAUCAUUGUGACCGCCACCCCUUCACUAUCAACUAAAAGAGACAUUUUCAGGGCUUUGAAUUUAAACCAGUCCUCAUCCUUCAUCAUGGAACACAGUCCACAAAGGCCCAAUGUGCAAUUCAGUGUGCGUUAUUUGGAUAAAAACUUGCCUGUUUCUUCAAUAUUUAGUACUUUAAUAGAUGAGCUUAGAAGUAAAAACGUGUCCUGUGAAAGAACAAUGAUUUUCUGCCAAACUCGCAAGCAGUGCGCUUUGGUGUACUCAGCAUUUAAAGAAAGCCUCGGAGUUGAUUUUUAUGUUAAUAAACACCUUGACAGUAAGAAGAGAAUGGUGGAAAUGUUUAAUGCUGGAACACCCAAGGCUGUGAAAAAGCACAUUCUUUGUAACAUGUCUCAACCCAAUGGCCACAUUCGAAUAGUAGCCUGUACUGUUGCGUUUGGAAUGGGGGUUGAUUGCAAAGAAGUUCACCGUGUCAUACAUUUUGGCCCUUCUAAAAACCUUGAAUGUUAUGUCCAAGAAUGUAGAAGGGCUGGUAGAGAUGGACAGCCAAGUUCAUGCCUUUUGCUGCACAAUCGGCUACUUGGUGCACAUUGCAUGCAUGACAUCAAGGAUUUUGUUGCUAAUAGUACUGACUGUAGGCGUACGUAUCUAGACAGUCAUUUUCCAGGGAAAUUUACUUCUUCUGUGUCAGGUCACCAAUGCUGUGACAUAUGUGCUAAAGCAUGUGGAUGUCAACAAGAAAUUUGCAAGGAACCUGCUAUACUAGUUCUGGAUGCUACCGAAGAUGAAAAACUUUCUUCUGAAUCUGUUCGUUCAGUUGAAGAAAAUGACAAGGUACACCUCAGGACUGAACUGUUCAACUACAUGAAAAACCUGCUUCUUCAAAAUUCUUCAGGGGCUGUGGCUUCUGUAAAUAUGAUGCAUGAAUUCACCCCACUGCAAAUAAAGCAAGUUCUGGAUAAUUGUGACAAAAUUAAGACACUACAACAUGUAGACACUUUUGUUGAAGUUUGGAGAAGAGAACACAGCCGAGCAAUUUUAAGUGCAGUUCACCAGGUCUUUGGUGAUGUGCACAACAGCGAAUUGGAGGCACCAGAGAGUGAAGAUGAGGACAUAGAGGAAUUUGCACAAGAUUGGGCAGACAUCACAGAUGACUCUGAACUGUGUCAGCUGUUAAGGGAAAGUGACUUGCUUAAUGUAGAUGUUCAUAUGGAAGACAUUGAUCAGUCAGGUAAUGAGGAAGCAUACAUGAGCAGUGUGAUUGCCAAUCUUUUUAAACAGUAGAUAAUUGUAAACAUUAUUAGAGACCAAGGGGCACCUAAUUGCAAAUUUUUUUUCAAAAAAAAAAAUUUUUUUUAAAGGAAGGGGUCAUGUCUGCUUCAAAUGUUAGUGACUGCCCUGAGUAAUUGCACAAGCACAAUCCAAUUCAUGUUAUCUUUGAAACCAUAACAUCCCAUGCUAGUGUUGCCUCUGAGUCUCUGAGGAUGAAUGGCAAUUGCCUCAUUAACUGAGACUAUCUUUGGGAUGGUUAAGUCCUUGCUAACAUCUGUAGGCUUAGCCACAAGUUGCUCGGCAACUUUUCGGCAACUUUUGAGAUUUUCGGCAACUUUUUAGAAUUUUGGCAACUUUUAGAAUUUUCGGCAACUUUGGGCUUUUUGAGGUUCUUUGAAGCCACUUUCUUCACGUUUUGAGCCACAUUGGUCAGUUUUCGAUAGACAUUUAUUCAAUUUAUUCUAAAAUACAAUAAUUAGGGCCUAAGCCCCCCCCCCCAUGGGUUGAUUUUUGUGAUGCCUUAUCACGAGGUCAGCGGUAUCACGUUGCACGUUUUCCAAGAUGGCGGACAAUUACAGUGAUUCCAAUGCAUCCAACUCAGAUGAAUCUGCAGAUGAGGGCCCAAGUGAUCCGAUUGCGGAAGCCAAAAGACUGGGCGCCAAUCUUCGUACUCCCAAAUAUGCCAAAAUAG